AGCCACCUCGAGGAGCAGGGGAGGGGAGACACACUGGCGCACGCGGCGCAGCGCUGCAUCUCACACACACACAUUCGGACACACACACACACACACACACACCCGCACACCCACGCACACAGAUUCAUGCAGACAGCCAAGCGCCCUGCUGCUCCUCUCUCACACACACACACACACCCCGGCGUGCUCGGUACCGCUCAGCUCCGUCACUUGUGUGUUUUUUCGCGGCUGCAGCUGAUUCACUCGCUUGCUCGCUCGCCUCUCUCUCUCUUCUCCGCUGCCACUGCUGCCAGUCGCUCUGUCUCACUGCGCUCUGUCCACCCGCCAGAGAAUGGUCCAGCUGGUGCCUUGGGGUCUGCUGUCGCGGCCUGUCUGAACACACACAUACACACACACCCAAACACACACUCACACACGCACACACAAGUACGUAAGUACGUACGUACGUACGCACACACGUACGCACUGAGGCAGUCUAUCGACAAGCGGAAGCACACGUUCAAAGUGAAGAGCGAUGUAAGAGAGGAAGUGCCUUCCCUGACGUCUGCUGCAGCUUUGACCUGCUUCUACAGCCGAAGCUAAGCCUGCCCCGCCCCGCCACCCACCCACCCCAACCCCUUGCCUUGCCUUCGCUCGCUUGCUGCCACGGCAACGCGGGCACGAGGUAACCAGCUAACCACCACACACCCCCAGUGCCGCCAUCGCCUGCUGCCCGCUCGGUCUACGCCCAGACACACCCCCCCCCACAGUCCAUCAUCACUCCCCCCACCUACCAAAAGUCUUACUCAACUACUGCUGCUGCUACUGCCCAGCCACCAGCACCCACCCACCGUCCCACCACACGCCGGGCUCACCCAGGCCUCUCUACCCGCCUUGCCUUCGGUCCACCAGGCCCCCACCACCACCACCACCACCACCACCACCACCACGAGUGGGUCUUUUGCGGGCCCCCGAGACACUGAACCCCCGCACAGAGAUCCUGGACGAACCCCGCUGGGACAGGACCUCGGUCUGGCCUGCGCCCCUGUCUGCCAGGGCUCUGAAGACACGUCAAGGAGAGAGAAGCCCCUUGGUUGUCAGGAAAAACUGUCUGCUGGAUUUAUUUUUUCCCUUUCUCUUCCCCGGCUGUCUGGCCAAGAAAAUGACCUACUAACGUAGAGUAAACAUUGGCUUAAUUAUAACUUGCAACAAAAAGGUAUUUUCGGCUGUGGUGUUCCCCAGUCAAUAGGAAGUCAGUCUUUCCUCUCCUCUGUAUGCUUUAACGGUGAGAGUUUGCGUAAACGAAACGACAUCUGGCUAACUCGAGGUGCACUUCAUAGCUUUUCUAUUCUGCUAAACCCUCGAUUCAAGUUUUUUGGAAUACUUUUUUCGGAAUCCCGACCCGCUGCCAUGGCGAUGAACAUAGCACAUAUGCGCGACACAAAAUGGCUGACUCUGGAGGUCUGCAGAGAGUUCCAGAGGGGCACCUGCUCGCGCACCGACCAGGAGUGCAAGUUCGCCCACCCCGCCAAGAGCUGUCAGGUGGAGAACGGCCGAGUCAUCGCCUGCUUUGACUCUCUCAAGGGCCGCUGUUCCAGGGAGAACUGCAAGUACCUGCACCCCCCCUCCCACCUGAAGACGCAGCUCGAGAUCAACGGCAGGAACAACCUGAUUCAGCAGAAGAACAUGGCCAUGCUGGCCCAGCAGAUGCAGCUGGCAAACGCCAUCAUACCUGGCACGCAGCUCCCGCCCAUGCCCAUGUUCUCGGUGGCUCCUAACAUGGCCUCCAACGCCAGCUUGGCGGCUGCCACGGCGGCGGCCUUCAACCCCUACAUGGGGCCCAUGUCCCCGGGCCUGAUGCCCCAGGAGAUCAUGUCCAGCGGGCCCGUCCUCAUGGCGCCCAGCCAGGCCGGGGUCGGCCAGCUGCAGAACGCAGCCGCACAGAAGCUGCUGAGGACGGACAGACUGGAGGUGUGCCGGGAGUACCAGCGGGGCAACUGCUCCCGGGGGGAGAACGACUGCCGCUUCGCCCACCCGUCGGACAGCACCAUGAUCGACACCAACGACAACACGGUGACCGUGUGCAUGGACUACAUCAAGGGCCGCUGCUCCCGGGAAAAGUGCAAGUACUUCCACCCGCCGGCCCACCUGCAGGCCAAGAUCAAGGCCGCGCAGCACCAGGUGAACCAGGCCACGGCCGCCGCCGCCAUGACUCAGUCGGCUGUCAAAUCACUGAAGCGACCCCUCGACGCAACCUUUGACCUGGGCAUCCCCCACACUGUCAUGGCUCCCUUGCCAAAGCGGGCCGCUAUGGACAAGGCCAACGGGGCGUCUAUGUUUAACACUGGAAUGCUCCAGUACCAACAGGCCCUGGCCAACAUGCAGUUCCAGCAGCAGGCUGCUUUCCUCCCGUCAGGCUCAAUAUUGUGCAUGACACCCUCUGGCAGUAUUGUUCCCAUGAUGCACGGUGGUAAUCCAGCCGCUGUCUCAGCAGCCAACACAUCUGCCGCAAGCCAUCCCUUCGCAACUGCCUCCGCCAAUCAGGACUCUUCCUUAUCAAAGUUGACUACCAACGAAUACAUGCAAUUGAUUCCAAUAAUAUCUGCAGAUCAUCUGAGUAGUCACAAGUACUUGACUCAAAUGUAGUUCCUCUCAAGAACAAUCAAAUGAAUGUGUGCUGGUGCCGUCCACGCCAAACUAGUUCAGCCUUUAUGUACAUAACAUUCGGGAAUGUCCAGUGCCGGGAGAGGAGCAAAGGUGCUGUCUCCGAGAGCGACCCCCCCCUCUCCUACCUCCCUCUCCCCAACCCCAAACCCCCCCACCCCCACCCUCAAGGACGAUGGUCGUCGUAGUAACGCAUGUCAUCUAUCUUGGGUGCAACCCACUUGGUCCCGGCGCCACCAAUGCCCCACAUAUCAGUAUCAAGAGGUGUGGACGCCACCAACCAACCAACAACCUCCUCCUCAUUGGCUGGGAGAUUUACCCUGUUGCCUACACAGCAGAAGACAUUUUGGUGAAACGCGGGGGGGGAGGUGGGCGUCAGUGUGUCUUAUAUCACAGAGGGCUCAUCCUCUUUUUUUUAUUUUAUUUUACACAUUACACCUCUGUCUCCGGCAAAUUUGGAGCACUCAAAUUGACGUUUUGGUUAUUCUUAUUAUGAGUAUGGAUUCCCAUUGUGCUCAUAGUCUUUUACUGCACCAAUAGCAGGAAAAGAGCGAGGUUUGCGUUUAGAUUUGGGUAGACAAUGCUGGUACGUUUGUAGAUGAGAACGAUUUUGUCUCCACUUUUUUUUUUAUUUCACGAUUUUCUAAACAAUAGCCAUAAACAUAUAAUUUACAAAAAUAAAUGCCAACAUGCACCUUGAAUAUAAAAAAAAAAAAGGAAAGGCACCAAAAAACGUUUUUUAUUCGCCAAAUCCUGUUCAGCAUGCGCAGUUUGGUUUGUAUUUGUGUUUCCUUUUGGUGGCGACUAGUGGAACUAGACUAGAAAUGAGGGUCUUGGACAUACGAAUGUUCUGGGUAAACCAACACACGUGUACUUUGAAAGCACAGCCAGGCUUGCUACUCCUCCUUGUGUCCCGUGCCAUCAACCCCCCCCACCACCCCCCCAUACAGCUAGUUCCUACAGAGUGUUCUCACAGCAGUGUUAUUAGGUUUUACCGAAGGUAUGCGCAUUGUACGUUUGCAAUAUGUUUUAUUUUUUUUCCAGUGUUGCAGCAUCAAUUAAUUAUGUUUGUGUCUCUUUUUUUUUGCCUGAUGCGUAGUUUAGUGGGGUUCAGGGAAAUUGGUCCUCCUGACGAGUUUAGUUGUUUUUCAUUCAUGAUUCAGUUUCUUUUGGGUUUUUUUCCGACGAUUUUCUCCCAUCUUUUCUUCAUUUCUCCCUCCGGUACUCGUUUCUUGCCUGUUUUUGCCUUGGGGUUUUAUCACGUCGUGUGUUUGUCAGUUGGGACACUGGGACUCUGAAGCCUGGUGCUGCGAUGGAGUUGAGCUGAAGGUGUUACCCCCCACCCCACCCUACCCAUUUUAAAGAAGAGGGACUUUAAUACUGUGUCUGUGAGCAGCACUGGUCCAACACGUUGAUCACAUGAUGUAAAAACAAACCCUCUGAUAGGUCACUUCAAAUACCAGUGCACUUAAAGGAUCACAGCUCACCCUCGAUUCAAUUACACAGCAGAGAUUGACUAAUUCAUACGUGUGAUGGCAUGAUGAGACCUCAUCAAUUUGACCGGUCUUUCUAUGGAUAGAAACUACUCCUAACGUGUUUUCAUUCACCGAUUCAUCAUCAUACUAUAAAAACCAAAGCACAGUUGUACUAUAUAUUUUUUCUCAAUCAUAUUCAUAAGAGUUACUGACGCAUGUUCUAAGAUAUUUUAAAACUAUUAGCGAGAAAACAUGAUUAUCUUAUCAUUCGAAUGAGCCGAAUACGGGCUCUUUCCAUUUUCCCCCAGAGGUGUGUGUUUGUGUCUUCAACGAUUGUAUUGUACCUAACGAAGCCUUAGAUUAACAUGUGUGGUUCGUGUCCAAUGUACCUCCAAUCACAGUGCAGGUAACGAACACCAAUGACCUUUUAUAGUCCAUGUGCCGCUAAAGAUCUCUCUUUUUCUUCUCCCUUGUUUUCCCGCUAUGUAAAGGUAACAAUUAAUCUCUCUUAAAAUUUUUGCAUUGAUUUUAUGUGUUACGUACUACUUAAGAAUUUGAAUCUAUUUGAGGUAUGUAGUUGUAGAUUUUCCUUUUUUUUGCCUUACUAUAUAUUACUUGACAACAUUGGUAUAGCAGUUGUAGAUUUUUGAGAUAGUAUGACAUUCAUAACUUUUUUCAAACCAUAUAAUUUCAUAUAGCUGGAUGUGUUUUUUGUUUCGUUUGUGUUACAUUGUCUAUUAAUAGAUAAUUGAUGAAAGAGUUUUUUACAAGGAAUGAAAUCAAUUAAUUUGCUGCAAACGUGCGGCAACGCAAAAAACGUAUACGUUUAACCAAGCGACAUUUUAAUCUGACUCGCGACACGUCAAGGUGGUGUUUGAAGAUUAUAUUGUAUUGAGAUAUAGUUUUGUUUUUCCAUGUUUUAGACUAAGAUUAUUUUCUACUGUAUCCAUUUCAAACAAAAAGAGACACGUAAUAUUGUUUAAAUAUUUCUUAAGUUUGCCCUGAAUGUCAGGUCAAAGCGAACAGUGAGAUGGACGGGUCUUAGUGUGUGUGUCUUGUGGAGAGGGAACUUUAGGAGUGAGAGAAAGACUUUAGCCAGACGGGUGAAGUCAGAUAUGCUGCAGCUGAUGAGUUCAUCACCUAAGGGUGGCGAAGGUUGACUUUUUGCACUUCUGUAUAUAGUCAAAUGAACAGAGAAGAACAUGUAUCAUACUGAGAUAUUAUUUUGAAUAAUAAAAAAAAGAUCUAUAAUUAUAAGGAAUUUUGUUAGAUUAAUUUAAAAUUGUUAAAUUAGAAGACCAGCUAAAAAAAAAAAGAAAAAACAAACGCUUGCAAAGAAGGGCACUAGUUUCUUGGCCAAACGCAUUGAGAGAAAGCAACGCUUUUAUAGCUUAUUUGGUUAGUCGGCUUGCAUUGCCAGGGAUUGUUGUUGGGAGGCGGGGUGUGUCACGCACUCCUCUUAGGAACACAUACACCCAACGAUGUCCAAGCAAACCAUUGUGUUGGACUUAUAGUAUAUACAGUUGAGACAGCACACUAUCCAGAUUGGUUAUUUCUAGUAUUUUCCGGGGUUUGACUGCAUGUGAAACUACACACCUAUACAGAACAAAAUAAACCGUACCAUAGAUAAGUAAGGAAAGUUAACACACUCAGAUGACAUUAAACACAUUAGCGUAUUUUUGAUACACUAACAGUCGAGGUCAUCCACUGUUGGCGUAAAAAAAAGAAAGAAUAAUACUUUCAAUAAAAACAAGUCAUGUUACUCGUGUUAUAAACAAGUUUUUAUUUUAUUUCAACCAGCCAUAUUAUUCAGAAGGUGAUUCAGUAUUGGCAGCACCCAUACACCCCUGGUAUAUCUUUGCUUUAUCUCAGCCAUAUGUUAACACCCAACGUUGACUUACAGGAAUAUAUUCCUCCAAUCAUAGCUGUGCGCUCAGCAGGUGAAGGCUCACCACCGUAAACACACUUUGGCAAUGAAGUUUUCUUCAAAAUGAAUGUAACUGUCUCUGCAGUCAAGGGCAAAUACAAAAACACCUUUUCAACCUGAGGUCACUGUAAAGUUGCUCCAGAACCAAAGCAUCAUUUUAUUUUGUUUUAUUUCUUAUGUUUUGUUUUUUUUCGAACCGGGCCGAGCAGUUUGGGCAGACGUCCCGCUGUUGUCUUAAACGAAAGGUUUUCUUCCCUGCUGGGAUGCACGCUUUGACCGCUUUUUACUCGUAGGUGCGAAUACCACUUACAUACCUGCUAAUAGUUGCCACACAAUGUUGUACUAUUUUGUGUCCAGGUUUGUUUAUGCACAUUUUAUUGUUGCCAUGAUUGACUCUUGCUGUAUGGAUUUAAAAAAAAAUGAAUAAAAUAAAAAAUUGGAUUUGCUCAUGCAACCCUA